CGCUGCUGCGGCGCAGCUCAAUGCGGCACUCGGGUCACACCAUGGUUUAGUGAAUGAUCUCUCGACGCCCACGCCUGGCGGAUCCAUUGCUCCCCCCGACACAGCCAGGAGCGAUGACAUGGCCAUCGACAGCAGUAGUGCUGAGUUGAGCGGAAUGAUGGCCAAAGAUCUGGUCAUGUCCAACGAGAUGCACGACAAGGCGGUGCUGCUUGAUCGAAUCCUAAACAAUGCGCAGCAUAUUGCCAACAACGCUCAGUAUGCCAAAGAAGCCUUGCUGCGUGGCGAGGACGUUGACAUGUCCACUAAUCUCGGUUAUCUGUCACAUCAGCUGGAAGCCGCCAACGAGCUUCAAAUGCCCUCCGCCGGUCCUUCUACUGUCUCGCCGGUCCGACCUGGCACAGCCCAGCAAAUGUACCAGAGCUCACCCGGAUCUCAGCCAAGUAUGACGCAAACAGUCUUGCAAGGAGGUUUGCUCCCGUCAUUACCGGUCGAUGCGGGUCCUUCCCGAAUGCAACGGUCAGGAAGCAAUGCCCAACCUCCAUCCAUCGUACCUGGCCAUUACCUACAACCGUCAUCCACCGGGUCGUCUUCAGAGUAUUCCUCAAACGGCAUGAUCCCACAGCCGCCUCCACUCAUACAUUCGCACUCUUAUCCUCUCACAGCGCAUCCCCAGCACAUCAUGGCCACAUCACCCAUCAGUCCAGUUCGCGCCGCCCAGGCAUUCGUCCCGGCUCCUAUAGUCGUGCCCGGAGUCAGCGCCGCGCACGCCCCAGUCGUUUCCUCACCUCUGGCCACAAUGCCAGUGUCCAGAGCAACGACCCCUCCACCUUAUCAUCACCCAGUGCAGCAGUGGAUCAACAUGUCACCCGGCAUGAUGCCUGGGGAAGGCGUCAUCGUGCCUCAUGCGCCGCACGCCCAUCCUCCACCACCACCACCACCCCACACCCAAUCAAUGCCCGACGUGACGCUGGCUGGAAGGCCCUUGCCAGUCGUCGAUGGUCCUCAAGUCAUUAACGGCGUGCUUUACAGUCCCACUGGUUCAGUCAUGGAGGGCAGACCCGUAAUCAAUCGUGCGCGAUCCGCGUCCAUGAACAAAAACGCCUGGGGAAAUCUGAACCGUAUGACCAGCAGCGCUGCACCAAGCUCUUCGACUCCUGCUGUGUGGCCAUCUCGGCCUCCGUCCCCUUACACAUCAUCAUCCGAUUCGGAAGAUGAUCAGCCCAGACAGAAUAAGCGGAGAAGGAGUACUACUGGGAAGCCCCGUCGUAUGACAUCUCUGUCAAGGGAUACCAAAGCCGCCGGAGGCGAUGAGGGUGACGAUGCGCCGGAUAUCUCUGCCUUGACCGGUCCGGCUAUAUCGGAAGACGUUCGAAGGCAGUUGGAUCAGAUCUUCGAAGAGUUCUUGAACCGCAUAUGUUCAGAUUUGGAGGCCACCGAUAGCAAAGGCGAAAAAUUGCAUCAGGUCCUCAUGGCGAAGAAGAUGCAAAGAUUGGACGAGUCAACGGAUUACCGACCGUUCAAAUUUCGCAUUCAAGCGUUCACCAAUGCCUUUCAAGAAGAGCUUCUGGCCCGUGGCAUUACUGAGGAGACCAUGUCUUCGAAAAAGAUCAAAACGUAUCUGUGGCGCCAGGACCUGAUCGCGCGUUUCAAUGCCGAUGGCAAAAAGGCAAAGUCCAAGGGGAAUCAUAUCUGGAACAUUGACGCCAAGAGAUUGCCGAAUGGGACUUGGGUCUUCCGGCCAUUCAAGCGGAAGAUCAUGGGCCAACCUUCGUCCUUUGCCCAGAUUAACGAGGUCUACGAAUGGGAGCCCAAGAUCUGGGAUCCCCAAGCGCCUUCAGAGAAUAUCAAGCCAACCUUUUCCUCGCCACCUGGCACUCUACCAUCGUGGUUGAGAUGGGAAGAUGGCCUGAGACUGACGGGUACCCCAACGGAGCCGUCGAGUCCAUUCACCGUCACUGCUAUUGCCGAGUUUACCGACAUUGGGGGAACAAAAGUGACGCUCGAUACAUCCUUCACCCUUCAAGCGGUGCUGCAGAGCUUCAUGCCGAUUGUGGACCCAGCUGUCAUAUUUGCCCAAUCCCAAGCACAAGCACAAGCACAAGCUCAAGCUCAAGCUCAGGCCCAGGUCCAGGCUCAAGCUCAAGCAGAGGUGGCGGAAAGUCAGACUCAGCACGAGAGCUACCUCUCCGCAUCUGGCUCAAUGUCACAAUCGUAUCCGGCUCACGUUUGGGAUUAUGGAGACGGUAUCGAGAUACCCUCGCCAAUAUUCGGUAUAUCCUCUGACAAGAUGACUUACCCUCAACCGGGAUACCAAUGACCCAGUGUGACUUCUAGGUCAUGCUCUGUACUUGAGUUUUGGGAUAUUCUUGGGCGUUUACAAAAGUUUGAAUAAAAAGUUGCAAUCGGUCCAGAUUCAAUGUGGGCCGCUGGAUUGUUUUGUACACUAGAGGCAUGCUGGAGACAGGAGACGGGUGAGGGUGAGCGUGAGGGGAAGGGAGAAUACAGCUGUCAGAAGAUGGAAUCAAGAGAGAAGCACAAAUCAAGGUCUCCCUACAUCGCAUGCAAAUCAAUGCUCGAAAGGUGUUUCUCGCGGCAGAUGACCUCCACUUUGACUAUUCCGAAAUGCAUUGA